GCACGUCCGGCAAAGCCCACGCUUCCAGUCAUGGAGGGGGAGCAGAUUAUGGAGGGACAGCCACAGGUUCCAGAAAACCCUCACGCCGAAUACGGCCUCACUGAAAAUGUGGAGAGGAUAGUAGAAAAUGAGAAACUAAACGCAGAGAAAGCAUCAAAGCAGAAGGUGGAUCUUCAGUCACUACCCACACGUGCCUACUUGGAUCAGACUGUUGUACCUAUCUUGCUACAGGGACUUGCUGUUCUUGCAAAAGAGAGACCACCAAACCCCAUUGAAUUUCUAGCAGCAUAUCUUUUAAAAAACAAGUCACAAUUUGAGGACCGAAAUUAACUCCGUAGAAAUGAGGACAAUUUGACUGCUAGACUGAAAUGUUUAUUUGCUGUGAUUUGUUUUCUGCUGUAAAAAUCCUCUGGUCACGCUGUUGUCUUUCUUAGCUGCACAAUUUGCUUUCUCUUUUGAGUUAUUUAAUAAAGAACACUUUACAUUUAAUUUGUUCUCUUGUUUUAAACUACCUAUUAAGAGACUUUCAAAAUAAAGUACUGAAACUGCAC